AUGCCGAUCGCUGAGUCGGACACACUCACCGCCGACAUUCAAUUGUCACAACAUCGCCCCCAGCCACCUGGACAGGACGAGAAAUUUGAAAAGUGCCAGUGGUCCCCUUAUCAUUCGGCGUUAUCAUUCGCAAAAAUUCCCGUACGCGAGCGUCGGCCGAUAGCGCUCGAAGUCGCACGAGGAAGGAAACAGGCCAGGCCGAUUCGACUCCUGGAUGACGAGGAUCCUGCUCCAAACGCCGAAUUUCCUGCUACGACAAAUCUUAAUGCCAGCGCUUUAUUAAAUUUCGUCGGCGGAAUAACUCCUACCUUAUCCGUGAUCAGAGCCUUGUACAAUAGGGCAUUUUGUUAA